GUAAACAGCAGAGCUAGACUGCUGAAGGUUGAUGAUGAAAAUCUUUUCUUGUCACAUAAAUAGUCUGUGACCUAAAGAUCAGCUGAUUAUCCACGCCACCGACUGUAUAAAUGUGCCCUUGUUAUUACUAACUUGCUGACGAUUUCCGAUAUGCGUAAGUGAUUCAGCGAUUCAUCUGCUUUCUAAACGGGGAAGCGUAACAGUCGUCAAAAUGACAGACAAAAAGACCAAACCUCCAAGGCCCCCUGCCCCCAACCUGGCAUCCAAAAAGCGCCCUCUACCUUCCACAACCAUCUCACUGAGGUACAAUCCUCUGAUGGGAAGCGACGAUGACGAUGAUCUGAACGACAACAGUGAAAAGGGCAUCAGCUUCAUAACCACCAAAGGGAAAACGCCGAGUGGGGCUUCGCUUACAAAAUCAUCUUCGUUGGAUGGUGUCCCAAAUCUUGCCAAGACGGACGCUAAUCCCAGCAGGCAAGAGCAGCUCAAGCAUUCAAUCAUGCAGUCCAUGGAAGCUAACUACGGCAAACGUAGAGAGGACUCGCCACCAGUGAACAAACCAGUGGCCAAAGUCAGAGAGCAGGAACUGAAAGCAAAGCCUCCACCUCCCUUGCCCAAUGAAGCAGAGAAGAGGAAAACGAUAAUAUCCACCGAUUCUUCUGAAGCCAAGACGGGCAAGCCGAUUACCUCCAUCACCGGUUUGAUGAAGGUCCCGAACACCGUACUGAAAGAAGAUGACGAGGCUUCAAGCCUACCGGCUGAUUGUGAGGAGGCAACCACAGAUCCCCUGAGUUUCUUGGACAAGGUGAUGGAAGAGCAACUCGAAAAAGAAGCCCUGGAGGAAGAGGCUGAACGAGAGAAGCAAAAACAGAAUAAGCUGAACGCCAACAGGACCAAUUUAGCAUCUCACAAGCGAGCUCGGAGCUUAGACAGUGAUGCCUACAAGGGCAAACAAGAGCCAGGAGAUGCUCUAGAGAUUGACCCUUGUUACUACAACAUCCCAGCCCCGUCAGACCUCCCUGACGAAGCUGUUUUCUCUCGACCCGUCCCAUCAGGCAGUCCUCACGUCAGACACAGAAAGGUCCCUGCCAAGAACAUGAGCCUCAGCCUGUCUGGACUUCUUGCCACGUCAAACGACGACAACGGGGAGGAGGAAAAGGAAGCGUCAACGUCGACGCGGAGCUCAAGAUCCACUCUUGACAGCCCAGAUGGUGGGAAACAGGAAGCCGUCACAGACAACGAACUCCAGAAUAAAAGUCCAAGCUCUCCAUUUGCUAAAGAGGAGGUUGUAGAAGCAGCUCCACAAACCCAGAAAGAGAGCAAAGAAGUGGCUGCAAAGGAGGAGACUACAAAGUCACCAAGUGCUCCUCCAGUUUUCCUUCUAUCCCUCCUGUCUCUCUGCCUGUUUGUUUCUUUCCAGUUUCCCCUUUCCAGCUACAUGACAGGGUUCUUUGCUGGCAUGGCUCUCAUGUUCUACUCAAUGCUGUUUGCCAUUUGGUUGUCGUUGGGCUCAUCGCCUCCAGGUCGUCAGCAGGAAGAUCGUUUUUGGGAUGAGGAGGAUCUCAGCACACCUCUUGUGAUUCCUGGUGUCCCGCUCUCUGCAUCGGUCAUUCGAUCGAAGGAGCAAAAACGAGUUAUGCAGAAGCAGCCACUUGCAGAGGAUGACUCAACCAAAUCACAGGGCUGGAUGAAUGAGCUGCCCAUGACCUAUGACCCUGAUAAUUACCACACAAGUCAGACGCAGUCGGUCUACGUUCGUCUGGAUGGUUAUUCGCUGAGGUUAUCACGACCUAGGCACAACAUCCCGCGUCGUGCGAUGUUUGACGAGCCGGCCGUCCAUAAGGUCGAGUUUGUUCAUCAGAGGCACUAUGACAUGCGAGACAGCAAGGUCUACCUACUUCCAAGCGGGCUGGUCAAAAAGCGACUUUGGAGCAAGAAAUACCCAAUCUGCAUUGAGCUUCCCAAGAAAGGCAUCUCAUUGGAGUGUAAGGACACAAUGAAGGAGACAACAGAUCACACCGACAGAUGUGACAACAGAUCACACGACGACACCGAUGCAAAGUCCAUGGGCUUCGACUGCAUCCAGAAAGAGGAAUGCGACGACCGCAUCCUCUAUCUCUUCACGCGGACUAGCAGAGACAAGGAGGAGUGGUACUGGAAGUUCGACAUCGCCGCUAAGUUUGACAGACUCGAACGCGGCCGGCGCCCAAUCCCCACUUUGAACAAAGGCGUGUUUCUGAUUGGCGGGGAGCUGACUAAAGAUGGCGGGAGCCAGCAUUUGCAUCGAGCCGACCCAGACGACGUGGCCGCCAGGAAGGGCACCAUCGACUUCUACCGCUUCUUGACCAAAGUCAUGCCCAAGGAAAAGGACCCGAAAGAGGUCGUGGUCUCGCAAGGGGUGAACGUGAAGGCGGGGAACGUGACCUACGCAAGUCCAGCCAGGCGCCAGCCUAAGCCUGAGGUCAACGGGCCCGGAACGUCGCCGGUGGAUUGGGUCAACGCUGUGGUCGGCAGAUUCUUCUGGGAUUUCUUGAGGGAGGAGAGUUGGGCCAACCUGGUGCAGACUAAACUGCAGAAGAAACUCAGCAAACUCAAGGUACCUUACUUCAUUGAAGAGUUAAAAAUCACAGACAUCGACCUAGGGGUCAACUCCCCCCAGCUGCGUCGGGUCUCCCGACCCCGACUGGACGACCGGGGACUGUGGGUGGAUCUGGACAUGGUGUACGGAGGCUCCUGCAUGGUCUCCAUGACGACUAAGGUCAAUCUGUGGCGACUGGGGAAGGGGGACAAAUACGAACGGGAGAUGGCGGAAAUCCCCCCGGUCAAGAAAGAAACCAAAGAGAAGGAAAGAAAAGGCAAACGGCAACAAGCCCCACAAGAGAUGAAGACGACAAGUUAUGAGUAUGACAAGCCCAGGACUCCGUCCAUGGCAGCAUUGGACAGUGAAGUAGAGGAUAGCGCUGAGUCGUCGGACGAGGAAGCAGACGAUGCCUUCGUAUCUCAAGAAGCUGCUGCACCAAGCGUAGAAACUGAAACCGCUAAAGGCUCUGGCAAGUUGAUGCGAUUCGUCAACAAAAUAGCCAGCUCCAAGUACUUCCAGAGUGCUACGCAGAACAAGUACAUCAAACGGGCCAUGGACGAGGUGUCCAACACGCCGGUCGAACUCACGGUCGAGGUCAAACGAUUGACGGGAACAUUGUGUGUGAACGUCCCACCACCACCCACGGACAGAUUCUGGUUCGGCUUUCGAGACAAGCCCAACCUAUGGCUGUCAGCGAAGCCCAAGCUAGGGGCUCGUCAAGUCACCAUCACCCACAUCACCGACUACAUCGAGAAGAAACUGGAGACAGAAUUUCAGAAAGUCUUCGUUCUGCCCAACAUGGACGACGUUCCUCUACCCAUCAUGACAAGCAACAUAUUUGAUAACUGUCCGUUCUAAUAGCAAUCCAACAGAAGUGUCUGCACUGAAAAAGUAAAACAAGCCAAGCUUCCAAGAGGAACGUUUUGGCCAUGUCCCAAAAGGGCCUCAGAGCUACGGCUACGUCUGUUGUCAGGAUACUCUGAUGUGGCAAUAAUUGUUAAAGACCGAGACAAUGGGCUGUGUGCACAAGGACCCCCUCUACGGUAAGAAAGGGAGAGUUGGAGAGACCACUGAGAGAGGCAUUUGAACGCAUUGCCGAUGAAGCCUGGGGCCAAUUUCACGGCGCU